GUCCAUCCGGGUUAGAUGUCCCACCGGCUCUCUGCGGGUAUUUGUAUCGCCCUAAAUCUUACAAUGAACAUUUCUAAAAUGCUAUACCCUACGAGUGGAAUAUAGUCCUGCGUCAAACCGUAUUUUAGGAAAAUGACCGCUGCAGGACAAUAAAUGUCACAUUUAAGGGCAACUUUGCCUCUGCAGUUUGAAGGUAAUUUCUGCUUUCCGAAUCGAAACUCCGAGGACACGAAAAAGGGAAAACAAGGAGAACCACCAUGCUUCAGCUGGGAGAUGAAGUCACCCUCUACUCGCUGGUCUUCGUGCUGGUCCUGCUGGGAACCCGGAGCCCCUUGUGGUCCACCGCCCUCACGACCUCCCUCUAUCUGUUUGUAGCCAUGUUCAGGUUCCCGCAGCUGGCGACCAGCAGGGCACGACAGGUACUGAACCCAGUAGCGGGAAAGGCAUCCGCGGUAGCUCACCGAGGCAGUGGACACGACGCCCCGGAGAACACGAUAGCAGCCAUACGGGAGGCGAGUAGGAAUGGUGCAACCAGUGUUGAGUUGGACUUGGGGUUCUCUGCAGAUGGGAUCCCCAUCCUCAUGCACGAUGACACGGUGGAUCGGACCACCAACGGUUCGGGCCCACUCAACAAGAUGAGCUUCUCUGAGCUGCGCAAACUAGAUGCAUCUGCUAAACAUCGAUUCAGCUCCAAGUUUGUUGGUGAGAAGAUCCCAACUCUGGAAGAGGCGGUGAAGGAAUGCAUCAAGCUGAAGCUCACCAUCUACUUUGAUGUCAAAGGUCAUCCAGAUGAGUCGGCUGCAUCGCUUAAAGACUUGUACAAGAAAUAUCCGGUUCUCUACAACAGCAGCAUCGUCUGCUCCUUCCAUCCCAAAGUCAUCUACAGGAUGAGACAGAUCGACCCUGAAGUGCUCACGGCGUUGACCCACAGGCCGUGGAGUUUGAGCUGUCUCGGCGACGGUACGCCACGUUUUUCCUCGCUAUGGCAACAUCACUGGAUGAUGAUGAUGGACGUCUUAUUGGACUGGGCACACCAUCACCUGCUGUGGAGGCUGUGCGGCAUCUCUGCCUUCCUGAUCCAGAAAAACGUCGUGUCACAGGACUAUGUCCAGUACUGGGCUCAAAGGGGAGUGGAAGUCGUAGCCUGGACCAUCAACACAAAACUGGAGAAAGAUUAUUUCCAGGAGGUGCUACUCAUCAAUUACAUCACAGACAGCCUUGUGGAAGAUUGUGAACCUCAUUACUGAGACACACGGUCAAUGGCUGCCCACAACGUCUCAUUAUCAGAUAACAUUCUUAAAAUGAAAGAGGAUGUUUUCAAGUAAUUACUCCUCAGCUAUCAGUGUCAACAGAUAAGGCCCUCUUCUCACCAGACUAAGACCAUGUGACAACUUUAAAACUAAACGGAAAUAUCUACCGCGGUGCACCAAGAGCACAAGUGUGAAUUUCUUUGUUAGAGUUCCCCCACUGCUUUUAGAAAAGCGCACACACCUCCAUGCUGCACAUAUGCAGCUUGCUGCGGUGGUUGAAUGUGAUGGUGGAGGUGCAGAAACCUAUCGUAUUUACAGAAAUUUUCCUCAGAUUGCAAGGAAACUUCAUUGUGAAACAGUGAUACCGUUCUGACAGAAUGGUAUAAAACAGCAGUAACUUUCCACUCAACGAGUUUUUUUUUUCUUUCCCCUCCCAAAUUUUCUACAAUCUAGCAAAAUGUAAGUAGUCUUGAAGAUUACAGGGCGAUCCCAAUCUGUUGUGAAGAGGGUCGGAUAAAUCACAUGUUCCAGUACUGUAAACYUACGCUGAGUUUUAUCUGUGGAUUUUCAAACUUUUUAAACUUUAUUUCUAACUUCGUAAUAAGAGGCCACGUAUCAGGUUUUGUGUUUCCUUCUCGACACUUUAUAAAUAUGAUAAAUUCAGUUGCACAUGUGGUGCAUACAGAGAUUUUCAGACAGCAUGCGUGUACUCUUUGUCUUAAACGGACUCGUCUCAGACUGUCUGUGCAAAAGUCUUUACAGGUUUUUCUGGGCUCCUCAGUUUAUCUUUGGACAACGGCUGCUAGCAUUAAAGUAAUCUUUAGUUUAGUUUGACGGUUUUUAAAGAAUCCUUUGAAUUUAUUGAUUUGGCCACUUAAAGUGCAAAACCACCAAAAAAAAGCAAAUCCACCGUAAAAAGCUCUUAACUUAAGGAAUAAAACAGUUUUGUGUCUGCAAACGUUGACUUUUAAAAGAACCCUUGAAUUUUAACACAGUACAUAUGAACACGUACUCGGUGCCGCUCUGGUUUGAGCUCUUUCACAAAGAACAAUGAGCAGGAACGGAAUAAAAAAGAAACAAUCAAUCCCCACUGCAAAAACCUGGCGGCACUAACUAAAUGCUUUUCUGGUCAGAGUUGGUGUCCUGUUUUGAAUCAAAUACAAGACAAUCCUGCAAUUUCAGUUUUUAUUAAGUAAAUAUUCACCUUUUUGACAUAAUUUUAAUCUGUCUAAAAUGUACCAUGAAGAAAGCAACCAAUGUCCAAAAUAUUAAAGAACCAUAAGAGAACUUCCAUUUGAAACAAAAUGGAGGGGGGGGGGAUGACAAAUUAAGACUUUUGCACAGAAAGACUUCUGUACUCAGGAUUUUAAUAAGUUUCUUGUUUGCUUCCUGUCUUUAUUUUUGCUUAUUGUUGAUGCCUGAGACAUUUGUCCUUCCGCACGAAAAGGGAGAGUGUGAUAAACUACCUAUAAUAUGUCUUGUUUAUGAAUAUGAAGAAUGACUGAGAGUCAAUGCGCUGGUUUAAUGCAGAUCAGUCUUCCUCUACGCUCAUGUGUGAAAGGACUUGUGAUUAUAAGCAGUCAUAUACUUCUUUUUUUUUUGGUCAAAGUAAUUUAUCUCCAUUUAUUCAGAAUGGUGGGAGUGGCACUGAAAUGCUGUGAUAUAUGAAAAUAAACAACCAAAUCUGGAAGCAAGCAAGUAAGGGCAUAAGCAGUAAAAAAAGGAAAGGAAAAAAAAAGUUUGUGUGGAGUUAAAAUCUCUAACAAAUAACUUUGGAAACUGUUUUAAAACAUCCGGCCAUCCUUGUUCUUAUGUGAGUUUUACAGUUUAUCUUUGUUAAUUAUUAAAUUACACACAAAUGAUCAGAUAGUUACAUUAUGGGUAAAGGGGGGAAAAAAAAGACUUUUGGUUCAAUUGGGUUUACUUUGGUAAAACUGCUUUUAUGGUAGACCUACUUAGAGAAACAUAAAAUGAAAUAUAAUAAAUACAUUAAGAUAUUUAUUCCCACUCAUUUCUAAACUGCUCUUGAUCUUUUAUUAGUCGUUUCUUAACAGAAGAAACGCCCUGCUAGAAACGUCCAUUUAGAGAAUAAGAAACUAUCAAACAAAUGUGUUUUUAGUGUUUUAGUAAACGGUGGCAUUGUGCAGGCAACUGGUCUCUCUCUGCAGACUGAGUAAACUGAAAAGAAGCAAAUAACGAGCCGCGCCAAUUACAUGUGUGAUAUAUAAAAUGACAAUAAGUGAGAUGUCUUUGUAGAAUGCAGCUGUAACUGAUAAUGUAUACUUGAGUAUUUCAGAGCAUGUGAUUAUAUUUCUGCUUGUGUUUUACUAGCCUCACAUCUUUUACACUCUGUACAGAAAGUGAUUGUAAGCGGUCAUAAAGUGGAAUGCCUAUUUCAUUGUCUGUCCUAAAAUAAAGCAAUGUUUGGGUUUUUA